UGACUUUUGUCAAGUGUCAUAGGUUUCAUGCUUUAAAUUUUGAUUGAAGAACAAGAAAUCAAGUAAUAAAUAAAUAAUUCCUUACAACAAAGUUAUGGCUACAUACGAUAAUAAGGCAUGGUUACUAAAGAAUGUACGUGAUGCAUUCAUAGCAACUGAUGACACCGGUUUGUGCGAAAUUGUUAUGGCUGGUGAAGAUUUCUCUAAAAUAUAUCAAAACAAAGCAAUAGAAGAAAAAAAGCGUGAUAGAGAUAAAGUCUUAUAUCAGCCGAGUACCAGCAGAGGAAAAGAAUCUGAAACGGACGAUGAAGACGAGAAGGAAGUCGUCACACAGUUUGAUCCUUACCCCGACAUGGAAGAUAGCGACGAAGAUGAACCUUGCCCUAGCUACCCACGAUUUACUGAUGAAAUGGUUCACAGGCAAAGGUCCAAUACAGCACAAUGGUUAGACAAGAAAGAACUGGCACUGAAAAAGGCAGCAAAAAUCAAAGUUAUAAAAUGGGAGGAUCCUCCAGCAACCCUAACAGCUGAACAAAUGUCUGAAGUUUUUUCAAAAGUUAAUAUAGUAAAACCUGAGAAAAAGAAGUCCCUGUUAGCUGAAAUGUUAGAGAAGUGCCCAGAUCUCCCUCACCGUCAAUACCUAGAAUAUGCAAAGUUUGAUGGAACUGCACAAUUGGGUCUGCCAACUAAAUCAUUUAAGAUCUUCAUGACAAUGUUGCCAGAGAAACAUCAAAAUUAUCCAUUAAUUGUUUGUGUUAUUGCCAGUGCAAAGAUUAAAGAUUUGAUUGGUUUCACAUGCUACAAAUACAGCAUUGAACACCCAGAUAUAACCCUUGGUUCUGUACAUGAUUAUGGUCUUUAUAUAGCUGAAGAUGAUGGCGAGGUAGAUUGGGCAUUCCCUUGUCUGGAUAACAAUGAACCCUGCUCUAAAUUUGGUUUUACAUGCCUCGGCCUAGACCUAAAACGAAAAGAAAAUAAUUCUUGCCCCAUAGCAGACUUCGAAAUGAACUCGUUUACAUGUUUUCCUAAAGCAUCGGUAUCAGGACAGAGUAAUGUGAACACUUCGAGACAGAAGACUGGGGAUAGUGACACAUCAGAAAUAAUAAGGGCUAUGAAUACUCUAAAUGAAGGUAACAGAGGCAAACUUGGGUUCCAGUCUGGUGUAGUAACCGAUGCAUCGCAAGACAAGCUUUAUAGGGUACAGUUGUUACAUAAAGUGAGAGCCAAUACUCCGGUCCAACUUGGAAUUACCUUGGACACUAUAGAAGUUGUCCCUUUGGUAACUAAUAAACAUGCCUUUUGGGCCCGUCCAAAAUAUUUCUUACACAGUAUGAAUUCAGUAGCUUGGUGUCAAAUCUUGGAAGCCAGAAGUAGUAAGACUACAUUCAGAAUAGUUUACUCGCCAAGUCAUGAUAUUUUAUACCAUGAUAGGAAUAAUUCAGUGAAUGUAAACCUCUAUCAUCCGAACACAAUUUACAAGAAGCACGACUUUGAAUGCGAACAUGACACAGCAAGGAAGAUCGUAGACAAAGUGAAUACUAUAUUAGAUCUAAGAAACAGUCCGUGCCGUCGUGAAUACAAAUCUGUUAAAGAGAAAAAAUUACAAACGAGGUCAAGUUUCAACGCAAAACAUAUGAGUUGAGUUGAUAUUCCCUAUGAAGUUGACUUUAAAGUUCCUGAACAUUAAUUCAUUAAUCUUAAUUAUUGGUAUAUAUAUUUAAUCAUUGGUAAAUUUGACUAGUCACAUCAAAAUAUAUUACUUACCUUAGGUAUCAAAGGUAUAUUAACUCCAUAUAGAUGAGGAGUUCUAUAUAAUAUUGGUAUUUAUUCUCAUUUGUGAUGUAAAAUUUUGCUGCCAGAUGAAAUUAGUAACUGCCGUAACAUAGUUUUUCAAAAUGCCUUAUUAGCAUAACUGAAUAUACCCACUAUACUUUUCUUUGAAAUAGGUCAUAUUUAAGAUUAAUUUUAUUUUCUACUUUAUAAUGUUAUUUUAAUCAAUGUAAUAUAUUUCAUUUACAACAAAAGGCAAUUGUAUAUGCUCACAAGUCCAUUAAGUAACGGUCCAUAUUGGUGCCUAAACUAGAUAAUGCAUAAUUAGUGUAAAAAUAAUUUUUGUAUGGUUAUAUUUAUAACACCCGUGUUCCCGUUCAACUUUUACUAAUUAAUAACCCGGAAUGUUAUAUUUCUGGUAUCCUAUUUAACAUAAAUCUUAAUAACUGUUAUAAAUUAAGAAAACGAGGGUCAUGUAAAAAUGGUGGGUGACGUUUUUAUAAUUUUGUAAUGCUGGAUGUGGAUCGCAAGAUGAAUGAGUGAAAAAUGUUAUUGCACUAUGAUUGAGUUAGUUAUUUAUUUAAGUUGCUAGAUUGUGAGACUUCUCUAUGUAUUUUAAUAUUUAUUUAAACUGCCUUAUUAUUAAAUGUAUCCCAAAGAAAUUAUUUAUUUUUGCCAUGUUUCAAAUAUAUACAGUAAAAUGGGUUCGGACUAAUGUAUGUUUGUAUAUUUUAAGCAGAAAUGAAAUGUUUUAAUAUGUAUAAUUUUUAAUUUCAUAAAUUAAUUUGUAAAUGUAAUCCCAAACGAAAUAAAUUGUUACAAGUGAUGCCUU